CAUACGUACGCUUGGUCAAAUUUCGCGUGGGUAAUGCGCUCGUACGGGCGGUAGCAACUGACACUUCAGUUCUCCGUUUUUGUCCAAUCAGCGCUCGAAAACCAUUGAAGUGUUGCAUAUUUUAUAAUUGAAUUUUUGGACCUUGAGAUCAUUUCUCUGCACUGAUAGUCGUGAUUCCUAUUGCGCACGCGCGACGGGAAGGUUCUUUUCUAGGAUGGUAGGGAAAAUUUGCUGAGGCGUGAGAGAGUACUUCUUGCUUAAUGGAAUGACUUGACACUGAUCAAAUGUUGCUUUGGAUAACGGGGAAUUAAAUGACCCCUACAAAAACGAAAAGACUGAAGUGGGCCUUUAGCUCCAAAAAAGGUUGUGUGCAGCUCACUGAACACAUGUAAUGAACGCUCAUGUGUUCAUCCUGGUCCUAUUUCUUGCUCUUGGCUCCUGUUAUCGACAAUCAGAACCCAGCGAGGGUCUUAGUGUGGAUGAUGAUGUGAACGUCUCGUCCAUCAGUGGAGAAGACAUUCUCAGAGCCAUUGAUGCAGCAGACGGUGAUAUCAGCGGUGAGAGUGGUCACGUGACUGAUAGUGAUGAGAAUGGAGACAUCGACUCUUCCUUUAUAAAACUAGAGUCCUCUUCCGAAUCAGCUCCCCUAGCAACCAAGGUACAGGCUACCUUAGCAACGAACUCCAAGUCAAAGGAUGGCUAUUCUGGGGGUGGAUCUGGAUCUGGAAGUUCUUCUGGUGAUCAGGAGCUUCACUCGGAACAUGCACACUUUGAGCGGGCUCUUGAUGUCAUGAGAAGGUUGAAGAACACAAAAUCAGACGAGGAACUUGCAAGAACGCUCAAUUCAGGACCAGAAAGCUUAGGCGUGUCGUUCAAAACUUUCGAGAGGCUUAGCAGGCUUUGGAUAUCGAUCCUCCAUAGAAUAUGGCGGGUAUGGAAGGCAAAAGGCGCAAAGCGAGUGAUGCACUCUAUCGCGAACCGUCUAGUAUUGCAUGCUGGGACGUCACUUGCUCCUAAGCUGAAAGGGUUCUUUAAAGACAAUCGUCUCUCUGGAAAACUGUCAAGGCAAAGUCUUCGCACAAACGAGAACCGGCUACAUAGGGCUGAUGAAUACUCAACGGCAGUUGCUACAGGGACUAGAAAAAACACGUUACCAGAGCGUAAGAAAACAUCUAGAGAUGAAAAAAGGUCUUCUAAAUCAGAAGCAAAAACAUCAUCUUCAAAAGCAAAGAUGUCGUCUUUGAAAGGAAAAGUUGUAGCAUCAGCAUCAGAAAAAUUAAAGCUGCCGGAAUCAGCCAAAUUUAAAGCAAGGAAUGAAACACCUUUGACAUCAAAUAUGGUAGAAGGGGCUUCAGGCUUGCGAGUGGUUACGACCUUGUCUCCAGAAAGGACGAUGAGGAAAAUGGCAACGCCAACGGCUCGGUUGAUAUCAGGGAGAUUUAAAUCCCUAUCUACUGCAGCUACUAAUGAUACCACAAACAAUGUCACCACCAUAAAGGAAAUAAAGGCAAAGACUUCGGCAUCUUCACCAGUAGUAACAGCUAUUCCAGCAAGGUCAACUGAAAAAACACCAACAACAGGACCAACUAUAGUCUCGACUUUCACAUCACAAAGAACUAACUCUGGGAAAGCAUUCCAGAGAAAUGCUACCACUUCAACGAAUACAGAAGCAACCGCUUUACAGACGUCAAAAAAGACAAAACCUGUAUCAUUUUCUACCACCGCGACAGCAACUGCAACAAAAGCAACCACAAAACGAAGUACUAUGAAGUCAGAACAUACAAGGAAGCGCGCAUACAAGUUCAAAGAUGAUAACAAGUCCCAUUUUAAAGAUGCGGAAAUUAGGAAAGAAUAUGUGGUCGUAAUGUUAGAGCCAGACACUAAAUCACAUUCGAAAAGGGUUUUACAUGGCAAGAGGUCAGACAAAAGGCACUCUAUCAAAACCCACAAUGAUAUCGUCAGCAAAAGAAAAGGAAAAUCCUAUGGCUCAAGCAAAGCUACAAACUCGAGAAUAAAAAGAGUUGAUAAGAGUAAAAGUAAUGACGCAAAGCAUAACGACCGACCCGUUAGAAUAACGUCAUCCAAAGACAAAAGGAGAAAAAGCAAAAAGAUUUAUACGAAGACAAGUGAGGAUGCUUUGGAUAAAGGGUUCCCCAAAGCUCCUCAGAUUGCUUCACCUGCUGAUAAAAUGGAAAAUUCACUUGGUCAAGAAUCUGAAGCACACCUUGCAGUGUCAUCUAGUGGAAGCGCCCUGCGGAAAGCCACUGGCACAAGACUCGAUUUAAGCACGAGCAAAGCAGAUAAGCAUAAGAACGGCUCAUUUCAGACAUUACAUGGGACCUCCAAGAAGCCAAACCCUUCUUCAGCAGCUUCGACUGUCAACCCUACUGAUGGUGUUGCCCACACAGGCGGCGACUCUUCCUUGGAUCAAACACAAGGGGUUCCGCUGAUUCAAAACACAGCUAAAGACUUCAUUGAACCCGUCAAAUCAAUGGAGCCUAUUGUACAUAAAGAUAUUAAAGGACUAGAUGAGACUGGGAGGAAGGGCCCAGUCACGGCCGUCAAGACAGAUAAACGCCACAAGGAAGUAGACGGUCGGUUGGGGACUGAGAGUGGCGGAAAGGGCCAGGAGGCUGAAGAUACAAACUCCGCCUUCAUUAAACAAGAAGACUAUGAUACUGAAGGCACAGCUGACCUACUGACGUCACCGAUUCCUCUGACCUCACUACUGACAUCAUCAACCGAUGAAAGCCCUAACCAAAUGGAGCAGAUAGUGCAGGGUCCAGCAAGGGAAGUGAUUGACGUUGAAACCAGCGAUCAUCACGCGAAUGACUUGCCAGGCCGGGUUGUUCAGCUAGAGAGCGAGGUUACUGUGCUACGAACGGCGAUCGCGGGGUUAAUCAGUAGACUGGAGCGAGUUGAGCACGAUUCAGAAGUGAUGCGGAAUAUUACCCAGAAUGCAGUGUACAUCAACUCGCCCGGGUACUUUCCCGUGCCGCAGCACGAGCAUGUGACCAUGCAUCAUCCAAUCCCAGUUAACAACAACCACGUGACCAUUCAUCAUCCAAUCCCUGUUAACCAACACCAUGUGACCAUACAUCAUCCAAUCCCUGUUUACCAACAUCACGUUACCAUGCAUCAAGCAAUCAAUGUAGAACACCACCCCGAGCCCGCGAUACAGAGCGAAAGUAUACCGGAAGGCCACUUCAAACCAACAAGUACAAGUCACGUGACCGACCCUCUUUCUCAUGUUCAGCUAACACAUGAAACCUUGGGUCCUAGUCUACCACAGGGUAGACUAGGACCUCUACCACAGGGUAGACCGCCAAUUGGCCCAGAAAUCCCUUCCACAGUAACUGGAGCAGAGUCUGCUGUUGAUGUUCCAGACGGAAUGCCGAGUGAACCUGGAGACGAGAAUGACCCUCGCUCAGAAUUGGUGACAUCUCCUGAGAAGAAAGCUGAAAAAAGCAUCGACCAGGUAUCGACCCAAGGGGACUCGCCCGAUUUAAUGUCAGACACGCCGGAUGUGACGUCAGAUGACGACGAUAUGACGUCACAAGUCGAUCUACUGGACGACGUACCGGCCGAGGAUCUGCCCUCGGCGACACACUCUAGUGACGACACAAUGACCCAUUCAAAUGACGUCACAAUUGCUCACCCUACUGACGUCGUUACAUCACGACCUACGAAAGCCAUGACUGGUAACGUGGUAGUGUCACGUGGCAAUGACGUCAUAAAACGCGUCACUAGUGACCGUAUUGCCGAAUCUACUGAGGAGAAUGACACCGAGGGUAGCCGGUUUGUUCGGCCUAUCGUCAAUAUCAUUGUCAGAAAUCCCGAGACUGCAUCCGCUAUUAGCAAAGAGAUGUGCAGUCCCAAAUGUCAGAAUGGAGGAGUGUGCAUCGGGCCCAACACGUGUAAAUGCCCCACCCUGUUUGUCGGCGACACUUGUGAGAGAUUCUCAUUACUCGACUACUUCAGUUCGCGUCAAACCCAAACAGGAGCGAGGCGAAGCAGAAUACCACCAACUUAUGACACACAAAGGAGGCCGAGUGACGUGGACCCUAGGAUUACCCAGAGAUCCCCGCGCGUCAGACACAAGCUCUCGCUACAGGAUCUGAUUCGUCUUGGUGCAGCUACCGCUGCCCGUAUGGAUGCACGUACUGUGGACGACAACGAUGUAAAACGAGUGCUGGCUAGAGCCAGGCUUCGGCGGCUGCCCAUAACCGGAAGUAGAACGUCGCGUGGCCGGAAGCAGUACAUACUCGAGAUGUAAAGUCUUGUCUUGCUUAUAUUGUACAUGGGUAUUCUGAUCUCAGUUCAAGGAUUGUAACCCUUUAGGUGGGGCUUAGAUUGUUUCCAACUGCUGGUCAUGUAAACAAAGCCGUUUUAUUCUAGUUCACCCAUCUGAUUAACGUUGGCCGGCAAAUCGUGUGUAAAAUGUUGUGCUGUUGUGAUUACUCACUGAUCAUUAAUCCCUCUUUUUUUACAAUUUUAACACUGUUUCAACGGCUUAGAUAAUAGCAAGUGCAUUGUAUAUCGAUGUUUUGUAAGUGUUUAUUGGGAAAACUGUAUUAGAGUAUACUUUUUUUAUGAUUUUGUAAAUAAACGAUAAAAAAAACA